AUGACCGCCGACGAUUUUAUUGAAACGUCCGAGCGGUCGGCGACCGCGGAGGAGGGCGCUCGCGCGCGCGCGAACUUCCGACUUGUCUCUCUGGCUUUCCAGAAGGAAACAGACUCAUCUCUCUUUCUCACUCUUUCUCAGUGUCACAUAGAACUGGGCGGUCUCGAGAAACAUUGUAGGGGGAGAAUUGAGAGAAAGAGAGGGCGAGAGGCAUUGCGCUUGGGGCCUGGUACUAAAUACAACUGUCCGUUUCCUAUCGUCUCUCGGCUCGACUCGGUGUCUCUACUGUUUGAGGAAGACUAG